AUGAAUAAUACUGUUUAUGAAAUUGUUUCUUCUAAUCGCGGUCAAGACAAAAUUAAUAUUCAUGGACAACACCAUCUCCAAAAAGUUACAGAUCAUAAUCAUGCUGCGGAGGCAAGCCGAGUCAAUGUUAUAAGAACCGUUAAUACUUUAAAAGAGAGCGGAAAAGAGACUACUGAACCACCUGCACAAAUUAUUCAAACUACAACUGCUAGUAUCUCUCACGAAGCGCAUCCAUACCUUCCAUCUCGUGAUGCAUUAAUU